AUGGCUCAGCUUUGGGGAGUCAAUCCUUUGAAUUUGUUAGGACGAUUCACUGGCGAAACAGAUCCAUUAAUGGUGGCAUUCAAUGCCUCCAUUCACUUUGAUCGUAGACUCUGGAGAGUAGAUAUUCAAGGUUCUCAGGCGUAUGCUCGAGCUCUCUGUCGUCAAAACCUUUUGACUGAGAACGAAUGCAUUUCACUCGAGUCUGGUCUACAGCAGAUUGCUGUUGAAUGGGAGAAUAAAUCAUUCAAAAUCCUCGACUCGGAUGAAGACAUUCAUACUGCCAACGAGCGACGACUCGCAGAAAUUGUUGGAUCGGUUGCAGGAAAACUGCAUACUGGUCGUAGUCGCAACGAUCAAGUUGCAACCGAUAUGCGCAUGUGGCUUCGAGACGAGGCUACUCAACUGCUGGUGCAUCUUCAUAGUCUAAUUCGAGUUGCUAUCAAUCGAGCCGAGUCUGAAAUCAAUGUAAUCAUGCCUGGAUAUACUCAUCUGCAAAAGGCUCAGCCCAUUCGAUGGGCACAGUUUAUCCUAUCGCAUGCAUGGACUUGGCAUGCAGAUGCUCAACGUCUUGUCCAGCUGAUUCCUCGUAUUAACCAAAUGCCACUGGGCAGUGGUGCACUGGCUGGAAACCCAUUCAACAUUGAUCGCAUGGCACUGGCUGCAGACCUCAAGUUUGUCGCUCCAAUGCCCAACAGUCUCUAUGGCGUGAGUGAUCGCGACUUUGUUGCCGAGUUUCUGUUUUGGUCGAGUCUGACAAUGAUUCACUUGAGUCGUUGGUCAGAAGAUCUCAUUAUAUACAGCUCGGGUGAGUUUGGAUUUGUGAAGCUUGCUGAUGCCUACUCGACUGGAAGCAGUCUGAUGCCUCAAAAGAAGAAUCCCGACUCGCUUGAGUUGAUUCGUGGCAAAUCGGGUCGAGUCUUUGGUGACAUGUCUGGAUUUAUGAUGACCUACAAGGGUCUUCCUAGUUCCUAUAACAAGGAUCUGCAAGAAGACAAAGAACCCAUGUUUGACGCAUUAGAGAAUCUCAGUGGAUGCAUUCAAAUUGCAACGGGUGUCCUCUCCACGCUGACUAUCAACGCCGAAAGAAUGGAAAAUAGCUUGACUAACGAUAUGCUGGCUACUGAUCUUGCUGAAUACCUUGUUCCAUUCCGCGAGACUCAUCAUGUUGCUGGACAUGCAGUAAGAAUGGCCGAAGAGAACAACACCACGAUGAGUGCAUUGACUCUAAUGCAACUCAAAACCUUGCAUCCUGCAUUUGAAGAGGACGUGGCUCAAGUUUGGAACAAUGAGCGUAGUAUUGAACAGCGAUCGGCUCUGGGCGGUACCAGCCGUAAAUCCGUUCUUGUGCAGAUUCAGGAGCUACGCAACUACUUGGAUUCGACAAAGGCUUGAUUCAUCAUUUCCAAUAAAUAUAAACCGACGCAUGGAUUAUGCUAUCAUCAAUAACAGGGAAUGCAUGACAUUUUAAUCAACCCUUUUAGUCUAGCCAAAACUAUUGAAUCUUUCGUUUGCUUGGUGGUUUUGACUAUUAAGCAUGGAAUCCAAUCACACACCAUCGAUAAACAGUCUGUCUGGACCAGACACCCCAGCUUCAACUAUGGCCAAUGAGCCAACUCUUCCAAGUGAUUCCUUCUCUCGUCCAGAUGGUGGCUUAGUUGCUGAUAACUAUCCUUUGGAUCAAGAACUGCCAGUUGCCAACUUGGUUGCAUUACCUAUACAAACCGGAGUAGAAAAGGAAUUGCCUAGACUCGUUCGCAGGUCAUCGUCGUUUCUUAGCUUGGAUGUUUCUGCUGAGCUAGAAUCCCACGUUGCAUUUAAAGCCCUGGAAAGAAACGAUUGUUCAGCCAUUUGUGACCUCUUGGUCUCUCAUCAGGUGUGUUUAGCUUCUACUAGAUAUACACCAACCAAUCUGUAAUAACAUGGCCGAGUCUCAGUCCUGUAUAUCAAAACUGACAUGUGUGUGAAUGCCUGUGCUGAUUUGCGACGUCAUGGUUUAGGCUAUU